UUAACAUUCAUGUCAGUGAAAUUGGUGAAGAAGUUAAGAGCUGAAACCAAAAGCUAAACCAUACGAUGUAAUCACCAUUUAUUUGUGAAGAACAUACACAUAAAGUCAUGAAUGAAAAUGUUACCAGUCGGCUACAUUGCCAAUGCGUUGGUCUGUAACGCGGCUUUGAGGUCGAGAACACGAGUACGCGCAUCCACGGGUGCUAGGCGGCGCGCACCUCGCGCACUGUCAGAAACCACCGGCACGAAGAGAGGCGAGCUCGCGACUUCCGGCUGUGUAAAGCCGCUUCAGAUAACAGGGGGGGGGAAAAAACACAACAAAAACAUGUUGUACCCGAAGCUCGUGGCAUCUCUUCUCCGCUCAAACCCGCGAAACAAUAUCCGCGUGUCGGCCGGAAGAUGCCGGACCACGGCGGCGUCCCCCAAGAGCCGGGACGAGACGCAUCAACGCAUCGCCGGCUGCCCCGUGGUGGAAGCGGCGCCUGUCGAGCUCAUCAGCGGCACCAGACACGCCGAAAGCCCGCCACGGAGCGCGGUCCACGUCGACUUCGAGAACACGCAGGAGGCCUACCGGAGCAAAGGGAACGUCGAGCUGCUCCGGAGUCUGCUGGUCUUCAAGCUGUGUACCAUCGACGUCCUCGUUGAGAAGAACAAAGAGCUGAUGGAUCUGACCAAGAAGGUGCUCGGUCAGUGGAUGUUUGAGAAGCUGAUGAAAAUGACCUUCUACGGCCAGUUUGUGGCGGGGGAAGAUCACAACUCCAUCAAGCCUUUAAUUCAGAAGAACCGGGCCUUUGGAGUUGGGGCAGUUCUGGACUAUAGUGUCGAAGAGGACUUGACACAAGAAGAAGCUGAGAAGAAGGAAAUGGAUGCAUGCGUUUCUGAAGCAGAGAAAGAAAGCUCAGUGGAUCGUCGUGAGAAGAAGUACAAAGCCCAUCGCCAGUUCGGGGACAGGCGUGGAGGGGUCACUGGUGCUCGCACAUACUUCUAUGCAGAUGAGUCCAAGUGUGACAAGCAAAUGGAGACGUUCAUUAACUGCAUCAGAGCCUCUGGGGGAGCUUCAACAGAUGGAUUUUCAGCCAUCAAAAUGACUGCUCUUGGACGCCCACAGUUCCUUCUCCAGUUUUCAGAAGUCCUGGUUAAAUGGAGACAGUUUUUUAACUUCCUCUCAGCGCAGCAGGGAAAAUCUGACAUGACGGUAUUGGAUCAGAAGCUGGAGCUGGAGCAGCUGAAGGAGAGUCUAAGCGCGAUGGGUGUUGGAGCCGUGGAUGACAAAGAGAACUGGUUUACAGGAGAGAAGCUGGGUUUGUCUGGAACGAUCGACCUGCUGGACUGGAACGGUUUAAUCGACGAUACAACAAAAAUCUCCAAUCUGCUGAUGGUGCCAAACCUUCAGACGGGGCACCUGGAGCCUUUGUUGAACAAGUUCACAGCCGAGGAGGAGAGGCAGAUGAAGAGAAUGUUGCAGAGAGUGGACGUUCUGGCCAAGCAUGCCGUGGAGAACGGGGUGCGGCUCAUGGUGGACGCCGAGCAGACGUACUUCCAACCAGCGAUCAGUCGACUGGCCCUGGAAAUGCAGAGGAAAUUUAACCGGGAAAAGCCAAUCAUUUUUAACACUUACCAGUGUUACCUCAAGGAAGCCUAUGACAAUGUAACUGUGGAUGUUGAGCUGUCCCGACGGGAGGGCUGGUACUUUGGUGCCAAACUGGUUCGUGGGGCCUACAUGUACCAAGAGAGAAACCGGGCCAAAGAGAUUGGCUACGAAGACCCAAUAAACCCAGACUACGAGGCCACCAACAGGAUGUAUCACAAGUGUUUGGAGUUUGUGCUGGAGGAGAUCGAUCAAAGCCGGAAAGCAAAUAUCAUGGUUGCUACUCACAACGAGGAAACGGUGAAAUACACCCUUGAGAAGAUGAAUGAGAUGCGGCUUUUACCCACAGAGAAUAAAGUUUACUUUGGACAGCUGCUGGGGAUGUGUGACCAGAUCAGCUUCCCGCUAGGUCAAGCAGGUUUCCCGGUCUACAAGUACGUUCCAUAUGGCCCGGUCAACGAGGUCAUUCCUUAUCUGUCUCGCCGUGCUCAAGAGAACCGCGGCUUCAUGAAGGGAUCCCAGAGGGAGCGCAGCCUGCUGUGGAAGGAGCUGAGACGCAGGGUGCUGGGGGGGCAGAUCUUCUACACGCCGGCCUACUGAGUCGCAGCACCGCAACGUCUGAACUGCAGAGCAUUCACUUCUGUAAAGGGGGGGGGGGAUUAAUGUCCUUCUUCGGCUUGUUGGGCUGGGAAGUGACGAUUUGCCUCAAAAUGUUGGUGAGUUAACUAAAAUAAUGUGAUCGUAAUCCUGAGAAUUUAAACAACAUCUGAAACUUUUUUUAAAGCAAAUGUUUAUGCCUCUGAACAUGAAUCUUCUCUUUUAAUAUACAGCAUGGCGUUUUGUUCUGUAGAGGCAAGGAGAGAAUAUCUUGAACGUAUGGUUACCAAAGGGGGAGUGCUUGUAUAUAUAUCUUUAUAUAUACAUUUAUAGAUCCUUUGUAUGUUUUGAUGUUGAUCUCUGCUGAAUGAUAAGCUAAACUGGAAUCAAUCACCCUCUGUACAACUAAGUCUACUUUUGUAACUGUUCACUCCUCUGACUGACUUUUAGCUUAUUUAUUGAUGAUGCCAUGUGUCGAAUUACAAUCCAUCCAUUAGCUAAUUAUUUAGCAGUAUAGUGUUUUUGGUUUUUCUGUUGAUAUGCAAACAAGCCAAACACCUGCAAGGUGUGAGUGACUAUUUGCAGUAGCUGACCUUCAUUUGGCCUCAGACCCGACAAACCUGCCGGCUCAGUACGAGGCUGAAGUGCUCAGUGUCUGACCCACUCCAUGCUUUUAAUGCUUGACAUGUGCCAGAUGGUCCUGACUUCAUAUUUUACUGACAUCCAGAUCAUCUGCUGUUUAUCAAAGAACAAUAGCAACAGGUGCUCAAAGCACAAAGGCAGGAAUUAAAGGUGUAUACAUUUUCCAAAAACAUACCCCAGUUACUGGCUUUCUGAAGAAAGCUGCACAAAAAGAACAGGAAUAUCUACAUUGUUGCAUAAACUGUGUUCAGUUUCAUUGAGUUGAAUGGAAGUCAUGGAAAACAUCUUUUGAAUUGAAAUGGUUUUAAUACUGGAAGACAAUACUGUCAAAUGGCCUUUCAAUGCCCGUGGUGUGGAGGAAGGAGUUUGUGUUGUUGAAGCUAUUUGUUUUUAAAUUGGAUUUUAAAAAUGAGGUUCAUUUACACUGUUACACGUGGGUUUGAUUUAAAUGCAUUUCCUGAUGUUUUUCUUUGUGUUUGGUUUUCUCAUCGCUGCUGUUUGAGUGUACUAUAUUUUGUACAGUUAUAUAAUAUAUGUAAUCAUUUAACGCAAUCAAAUAAAGUUAAAAUAACAUUAAAAUAAACCUCUUUUUGCAACUGCG